AUUUUUACAUAUACCCACCCAUUUACUUUAUAAUCGCUCUCGCUUUCCUUUUCUUUUUUCUUCUCAAAAAAUUGCUGAUUUUGAUCUGCGCUGACUUCGUUGAAUCUCAGAUUUGGCAGUUCUAAGUCAGGAUAUUGAUAGAGAGAAAAAGAUGUUAAGUUCUGGGAAUAAUUUAAGUCGAGGGAAUUUAGGAUUGUCGUCUGAUAUGCCACCAUUGCCUCAGUGUUUGCCUUUGGAGCCACUUACAUUAGGCAAUCAGAAAUAUACACGGUCUGGAGAAUUAAGCCGAGUUCUGGGUGUUCCUCUGCGAAGCAGUACAUCGGAGGAUCAUUCUUUUGGAGUUUCACACCCUAAACCUUCCCCUCCAGUGGCAACAGAGGAGCUCAAGAACUUUAAGGAAAGUGUUCAAGAUGCCUCCAGAAAGGCCAGGGAUAGAGUACAAAAGUUGCGAGAGUCAAUUUCUAAAUUGGAAAGGUAUAGAAAUGCUUUAAGCUCAAAGAAGCGACAACGAAGUGAUAUUUCGUGUGAGAGAACUAGUGGGGUAAAUAUGGCAAAGAUGGGAAGCCAGAUUCAUAGAAACCCUCAUGACAUAAUGACUCAAAGAUUGGAGGAUAGGCCAAAGGGUGUGGGGCUUAACAAGCGUGUUCGCACAUCAGUUGCCGAUUUACGGGCUGAUAAUAGGACUGCUGUGAAUCUAAGGCAGCAGGGGAUAAUAGAAAAGGAUGGUGAUGUGCUUUCAGCUGUUAAUGGUGGUUCUGCUCGAAUUGAAGAAAAGAUUCGUAGAUUACCGGGUGAAGGAUGGGAGACAAAGUUGAAAAGGAAACGGUCUGUUGCAGCUGUAGGAAAUAGAGUUAAUAGUGGUGAUCGAGAUAUAAAACGACCUAUGCAACCAAAGCUGAGUUCUGAGUCAAAGUUGCGAUCAUGUGAUACACAGGGUUUCAGAUCAAAAUCUUCCCCAGGAGUUAGUGGAAUUAACAGGUCAGAUGCUUCUUUUGAAGCUGCUGGUUCUGAUGCUGGUACGGUGCUUAGGAAUGAAUUGGAGAGUAACUCUAUUCCACGGGAUCGUACAGCUAUGUUGGAGCAGAGGGUUGUAGUAAAAGCAAAUAAUAAGGCAACUCUCCAGGAUGACAAUCAAGCAAGUGGCCCAAGUACAAUGCUAAAAGGAAAGGUUUCUAGGGCACCACGAACUGGUGCCAUCAUGGUGUUAGACUCAUCUUCUAAAGUUCACCUCUCAUCUGGAGCUUUGCAGGGUUGGGAACAGCCAAAUCUAAAUAAGAUCCAAGCAUUAGGUGUUGGGAGCAAUCAAAAACGUUCGAUGUCUACAGGUUCAUCUUCACAUGCUAUGACCCAGUGGGGUGGUCAGAGACCGCAUAAAAACUCACGUACAAGGAGAGCAACUUUAGUUUCCCCUGUUUCUAAUGCUGAAGCUCUGAUUUCAAACCAAGGCUUUGCAACACCUGAUUCUGUUGCCAGGGCAUCUAUUGGAACUGGUGGAUCACUGAUUGGCAGCAGUGUAGAUAAUGCCACACCAAAAAUUAAGAGGGAACCUGAGAAUGUUUCUUCUCCAUUUGGGUUAUCUGAGAGUGAAGAAUCGGGGGCUGAAGAUAACAAAUCAAAAGAGAAAGGAAUUGAUAGUGGUGAGGUUAAUCUGCCUUCAUCUCAAAAAGCUGGAGCUUUCUUAUUGCCAACAAGGAAGAACAAAAUGUCUGCUAAUGAAAUUGGAGAUGGAGUCCAAAGACAAGGGAGGAGUGGAAGCACUGCACCACCCUCGACAAAACCAGCUGUUCAUCCUAUGAGGGAGAAGUUGGGAAAUAUUACAACAACCAAGCCAAUUCUAAGUGCGAGAUCUGCUUCUGAUAAAAAUAAAAGUAAGACAGGUCGUCCACCUUCCAAAAAACUGAAAGAUCGCAAGGCAACAAUUCGUGUUGGAUCAAUACAAAAUAAUGUUUCUUCAGAUUUCACAGGUGAAUCGGAUGAUGAUCAUGAUGAACUAUUUACAGCUGCCACUUCUGCUGCUAAUGCUAGUGUUCAUGCUUGUUCUGGUCCUUUUUGGAAGAAAAUGGGAUCAAUUUUUAAUUCUGUCAGUUCAGAGGAUGCAACAUACCUUAGGCAACAGCUAAGUUUUUCAGAAGGGCUUGAUGAGAGUUUGUCUCAAAUGUUUGGAGAAGGAUAUAAUGUUUUGGGUGUUGUUUUGCAGAAAGAUGAAUCUAAUUCUGUUGAAGAAAUGGCCAAAAUUAAUGCACCAAGUGGAGGAUUUGAUAUAAAAAAGUUUGACAAGGUUACUCCUUUAUGCCAAAGAGUUCUUUCUGCUUUGAUUGAAGAAGAUGAAAGUGAAGAAAUUUAUCACCACAUUGAGGCAAAGAAUAUGUCCCUUCACUAUGCAAGUGAUGAUUCCCAUUGUGGUUCAUGCAAUCAGAUGGAUGUUGAAUCUAAAGAUAGGGACAGGAUGGAAUCUGAAGUUGAGUCAAAUGCAGAUUUUCAGUGUCAGAAGAACUCUGUGUUAGACAGACACUCUUGUGAUGCAAGUGUUGCAUCUAACACAUUUAGGAACUCCAGCAUGUCCAAUUCGUUACAUAGUAGUGAACGGUGGUUGGGAGAUGAUGAUUUCUUACAUUCGGAUAUGGGGCCUGUGAGCGAAAUAUGUUCAACUGAUCUGGGUCAUCUCCAACCUAAGGAAAUAAAUGUUUCUGGCAUUUCUUCUUUGGACUGCCAAUAUCAGUUUAUGCCCAUGGAUGACAAACUUUUGCUGGAGUUACAUAGUAUUGGUCUUUAUCCAGAGACUUUGCCUGAUUUGGCAGAGGGAGAGGAAGCAAUAAAUCAAAACGUUGUUGAACUUAAUGAGCAUCUUUAUCAACAGAUUCAGAAAAAGAAGAAAAAGUUGGGGAAGAUUGAUAAAGCCAUUCAGAAUGGGAGAGAAGAAGACAGAAGGAACAUCGAGCAUGUUGCAAUGGACCAAUUAAUACAGAUGGCUUACAAAAGACGUUUGGCUUGUCGAGGGAAUAAUUCAUCAAAAAGUGCAGUUCGUAAGGUUUCAAAACAAGUUGCUUUGGCUUUUGUCAAGCGAACUCUUGAUAGAUGUCGAAAAUUUGAACAGACAGGCAGUAGUUGCUUUAGCGAACCUGCAUUACAUGAUGUCAUGUUUUCUGUACCUCCAUGCAGCAAUGAAGCAAAAUCUGUUGAUUGUAUUGGCUCUGGAACUGCUAGUAAUACUUGUAAUGAAACAUCCAACCAUCAAGCAGAAGCCAGGGGCUCAGGUGCUGUUUCUAGUGCUUUUGAGAGGUAUGAUUCUUCAGACGCUUUUCCAUCUGUUCACUCAUCGGAGCAUGCUGUUUCCAAGUAUGGAUCUAUGUUGAACAAAGGGAGGAAGAGGGAAGUACUGAUUGAUGAUGUUGUUGGUAGUGCCUCUUCUAGGGUAACAUCAACUCUUGAUGGCACUGUUGGAGGAGUAAGGGGAAAGAGAAGUGAAAGAGAUAGGGAGCAAAUCAGAGAUAAUUUAAGAAAUACUAGUUCGGUAUCUGGGGCUGGUCAGACAUCAUUGGAAAAUUCCAAAGGUGAACAGAAAACGAAAGCAAAGCCCAAGCAAAAGAGUAAUCAUUUAUCAACUUCAGGAAAUGGAUUCAAUGGCAGGCUUACAGAGCCUCUGCUACCUUCUCGUGGAUCUUAUCAUCCUACAGCUAAUUCUGGCAAGGUGACUGAAAGAGAAGCGAGGUCAACAUCUCCAAGUAACAUGUGUAAGAAUUCAUCUAAAGAUGAACCCAUUGAUUUCGCAAACUUGCAACUGAAAGAGUUAGACACAAUGGAAGAACUGGGUGUUUCCAACGACAUUGGCGGUCCCCAAGAUCUGAGUUCCUGGCUAAACUUUGAUGAAGAUGUCCUGCAAGACCAUGAUUCAAUAGGUUUAGAGAUACCAAUGGAUGACCUCUCGGACUUGAAAUUUGCAUUUUGAUUUCUUUCCCUUUUAAGUAGCUAGUUAGGUUACUAUUACCAGCAUAUCUGAUGCAAUCUGAUCAGGUAAGUGUAAUUAUGAUUAAUUUUUAUGUAUGUAUAUCAUAUGUAUGUAAUUGAAGAAUUUUGUUUGUUUGAUCCAAUUAAAUUUGCUUCUUGAAGUUGUUUCACUCAUGGAAGUUGCUGGUCUUUAGGGUGAUGAUAUGGCAAACACCUUGAUUUUGAUUCAGGAUGCCAAAGAGGCUGCUAGGGCUUGCCCAGAAUCAUUAUUUGUUAAAGCGAUCCAAUCUCUGAUAACUGCUGCUUGUCAAAGGCAAAAUUCAAGUCAU